UGAAUCGUUCGUGCUGGAGGGUCACGUGAUUGUCCCGGCGCCGACAGGCUUACUCGUCAUCAGAAGCAUUGACGUAACGAGCGAUUACAUUGCGUCGACCAUUUGGUGCAACGUGAUUGUGCAUCGUUUGUCACCGUCGUAUACGUCCGCGAACCUGUCACGUCCAUUCUCUCUGCUCUUGUCGCGGCGAAGCAAAACGCCUUUCAUUCGAUUCGGGUGAACGCGCGUCGAUAUAUCGCGGCGCCCGUGUGAUCGUCGCGCGUGCCGCCGCGUAGAUGAAAAUGCCGCGCAAGAGAACGUUCACGCUUCGCGAGAUAUUCGCAGAAUGCAGAAACGCCACUAAGAGUCCAAGGUGAUUUUUGUUCUUUUUCUUCGCAAGAGAUUUUUUUCUAUUCUGUUCAAAUAUCGAUACUUCCGCAAGAAAAAUGGAAGAAUCUCAAAGAUAUGAGGAAUCUGACAUGUAUAAAGAAAAGUCAUCUUGCAGCUUACGAAAAUUAGGAGACAUGGUCCCGGCACGUGUCGUGCUGUACCUGCUCUCAUUUUCCGGAUUUCUCGUGUCUUUCAUGAUGAGAACAGACAUUAAUAUCGCCAUGGUGGCCAUGGCAAAACUGCCGUCGAAUAAUGAAACUGUUGUGACAACAUCUCAUUGUUACACAAUGCCGAACGCGUCACAUAUAGAAAAUACAACCAUAAUUAGACCGGAGGACGCUGGCGAGUUCGAGUGGAGCCCAGCUAUUCAAUCGGCUAUUCUCAGUUCCUUUUACUGGUGUUACAUACUCUCGCAAAUGCUCGGAGGUGUUCUCACGCAAUAUUUCGGUACAAAGGCCAUAUUCGGCGGAUCUCAAGCUGUCACUGCCGUCUGCAGUCUGCUUAUGCCGACUGCCGCAGAAAUACAUUACGGGGCCAUGAUAACGUUGCGUAGUAUACAAGGCAUCGCAAGUGGACUCACGUGGCCCGCGAUGUAUGCCGUGAUCGGGCACUGGAUUCCACCCGUGGAACGUUCACGCUUUAUGUCUUCCUUCCAAGGGUUCAGCAUCGGCAUCGGACUGACUUACCCGCUGUGCGCGUUCAUCAUCGCCCAUUUCGGAUGGCGGGCCGUGUUCUAUACAACUGGCAGCGUCGGUCUCAUCUGGUGCGUCUUCUGGUAUUUCUGCGCCUUCGACACCCCCGCCUCCCAUCCCAGAAUAUCGAAACCGGAACUCCGUUACAUUCAGGAAGGCGUACGAAAUCAAGUUAUCGGAGCACACGAGGAUCUUCCUGUACCUUGGAAGUCAAUACUCACUUCCUGGCCAGCGUGGUCUAUCGGCAUCACGACUUUUGGAAGAAUUUGGGUGCAUUAUGUCUUUAUCAUUCCCGGCCCGAUGUACAUGAAGACGGUGUUAGGAUUCAGUAUACAGGCAAACGGCAUUUUAUCGGGCGCGCCAUUUAUCUGUAGCUACUUAAGCUCCGUAGUAUUUUGCUACGUCGCGGAUGUUCUGGUUACGAAGCAAAUCAUGACUUUAUUAACUGUGCGCAAAAUAUUCACCGCGCUCUCUCAAGUGGUUCCUGGAGUACUCGUAAUUUUAAUUGGAUACUUGGGCUGCGAUAUUAUCUUCGUUUUGAUUAUAUGGUUUAUAGCUGUUACUCUCAUAACGGCUGGUUACGCGGGCGCAAUGGCCAAUAUUGUUGACAUUGCACCUAAUUUCGCUGGACCGGUUCUGGCAUUCGCACAGACAAUUCACAUGACCGCUAGUUUCUUGUCUCCUAUAGUAGCUGGUCUGCUUACACAAGAAAGCCAAUCUCUUGACGCCUGGAGAAAAGUGUUCGCAGUUACUGCAUGCGUGUCCUGCAGCACGUAUAUUGCCUAUCAGAUAUUUGGUACAGCGACCAUACAAGCGUGGAAUUAUCCGGAUAAAAAGUAUCCUCAGUCUGUUCUGGAAGAUUCACAGCCGUUGAACGAUUCGCCUCGCAAGAAAAGCAAGAUCGUUCCAGGACAAAUCAAAUUGUCGGAACAAACAUAAUGAAAAUCAAUUUUGCGAUUUACGAAAAUAUCAAAUUGAUUUCUUAUCUUCCUCAAUAUAUUGUCAUUUCUUAUAUUUUCUCCUCCCUAGUGGAGUUUUCAAACAAAAAACGCGAAUACACAUCGAUAUACACAAAUGGAAAAUAGCUAUUUUUCAAUACUUUGUAAAUAGAUCUGAUAGAGCUGAUGACAAAAGAAAUGAUUAUAUAUAAUGUCAAAGUAUUAUAUAUUAUAGCAAAGAGAUGAUAUUUUUGUGAUGAAUAGCAAUCUCAGGUAACAUGAUGUUUCGGUUUCGAUACAAAUAUGCACAGUAAAUGCACAAAUCAUUUAAUGAUAAGUAAGAGUGCAAAAGUUACGACGAUUUGCGAUCAUUAAUUACACAAUUUAUGUUUUAAUCAAAUAAUUGAAGAUGCGAUUUCUUACUGACAACGCUAACGAUAUUAUCAAGCGAAUGACGCUAAGAUACGAUAAAAUAGCUCACAUGUAAUUUUGUUUUUAUAUACGUCGUCAUUUUAUUUCAAGAACAAUCAACUUUUCAAUUUACUAAUGUUGAAAUUUUAUUCACUCGGAUACGAUAAAUUGGUCUCAACGUGUUAAAAAGAACUUUUGCAUUCUAAUAGAUAAUAAUAAUAAUGUAGUACUUAUUGAUACCAGAUAUAUCUCGAGUUUACUUAUUUAUGUACGUACAAUUAUUUACUUAUUUAUGUACGUAUUUACGUAUUUAUAUACGUACAAUUAUUUACUUAUUACAUUCUUUAUUACGAAAACUUGUUGUACAGUAAUCUAUAUAAGAUACGGAUCUCUCUCGUAAAGAUAUCAGUUACUUAAUUUUUAUGCUCGAGGACACAAAAAAUAUAUAUGUACAUACAUGUACAUAUAUAUCAGCAUUAUAUAUCUUGCCAUUAGAUAUAAUAGUGUGUUUAUAAUUUAUAAAAAUAUAAAGCUCUUACAUAGAUACGAAGCAUUGUAUUUUUAUAAAGGAAGAUCGUCUAUAUGUGUCUAGCGCAAAAAAUAGUGUGUUGAAAUAUGUACUUUAAUUAAAUUUAUAGGUUUUCAUACAUAUAUAUAUAUAUAUAUAUACAUAUGUAUGUAUAUAUAAAAC